AGGCGGGUGGGAAAAGAGCAAAAGCUAGUUUGAGUUUGACUGAGGCGCUUUCCUCGGGAGGCGGCGGCAGUUUCGCAAGGGACGCCGGGAAUUGUAGUUUUCGCCCCGACGCGGAGGGGGGGAUUGUAUGUGUGUGUGCGCUUUUCCCCCGCCAGGGCCCCGCGCGCAGCCUUCUCUGCCCGAGUGUGAGCGCGCUGCGGCCUUCUUCCCGCAGGGGCGGCGUGAGGGGCUCCGGUGGGGCUGAUCCAGCCGCCGCGGCUGGAAAGUUUUUUUUUUCUUUAAAAAAAAGGCGCGGGGAGGGGAAGCGGCGGGCGCUGCUCCGCCUGCUUUGGCGGGUUAGCGGGGUUUUGCGUUUUGUUUUUUUUUGUGACGGAGGCUGAGGUGGCGGCGGCUGGUAAGUCCUGAGGCGCGAGACUUCGGGGCGCGCGGCUGGAAAGGGAGGGCGGGGGAGAAAGGGAAGCGCCUCGCGCUGUAUCCGGGGGGGAAGGGGGGGUCUCGUGGCUUCCUCGCUUCUUGUGUUUUGUUUCCGUUUUCUGCCCCGCGCGGCGCGAGCCUCAUUUCCGUUCCGAGUUCAAACAACAAGGAGGCGCCGCCGCGGGCGGAAGGGAGAGGAAGGCCUGGGCUGAGGCGGGAUGGAGCCCUGCGCGCCUCGAGGGCCUCCUCGCCGCCAUCGAUACCGCGGCGGCGCCCUUUCCUCGCUUCCUCUCAAACGGCGGGGCGGGAAAGAGAGACGUCCCCGCUCGCCCUGCUCGUCAUCCGCUAUGGAAGAGGCCGCCGGAGUCCAAGGCCGCCAUAGCCUCCCUUGGGAAAGAGACGGGCCCGGCGGCGACGGCGGGAGGAGCCGGCGGACAUUUCGGGACCCUUCCCGCCGCCUCGCUCAGCCGCCGCCCCCUUCCCUCACUCCGUGUAACCUGGCGGGGUCAUCUCGGCCGUUCGGCCUCCUGUCAAACGUCGGAGGGGUUAUUUCAAAGCGAAGGAACAUAACAACUUCAUCUAUCUCUGUCCAUGUGUAUCUGAAGUGUGUACAUGCGACAGCGAGGGUUAUUCUGUGCGUGCCUUAAUAUGCAAAUAAAAGGUACCAGAGAUUAGAUCAGGAGAUCAUGUAGCUCAGUUGGUUGGAGCAUGAUAAUGUACGGGACGGCUACAUAUUCCUGCAUUGCAGGGGGAUGGACUAGAGGAUCCUUAGAGUCCCUUCCAACUCUGCGUUUCUAGGAUUAGGUCUCUUCCUAGAUGUUUUGUUACAUUAAGUGAAGCAGGCAGUACUGGCACCUGCUGAGAUGCAAUAUUUGUAUUUGUGGAACAAAUGAAAAUAUCUUGAUUAGUGGCUUGUAUACUGCUAUGAAGUAUACAGCAUCCCCCUUGCCCCUGUGCAGUUCUGUAUGCACUAGUGUAUACACACUUCGAAAAGUGUUCCACCAAUAAAACAGGAACUUACUUCCCUGUAGGUGUGUUUUAACAUUGGAAUGUUUUUACUCUUUUUUAAGCAAUACCUUAGUUUGACAUCAUUAUGUUUACUUUGGAACCACGAUUAUGUGACUGCAGGAAGAGAUGGUCCAGGAACAAAUAAUCAUAGUGUUUUGUUUUUGUUUUCAAAUGGCAAUUAGAGCAGUGUGCAUAACUAGAAACAAAUUGCUUACUUUAUUAAGAAUAUCUGUGUUCUUGCCCCGAAGUGUGAAGGUUUUUACCACUUUAGCUAUAAUUAAAUCAUACUGUGAUCAUUUCCCCAAAUCUUGCAGCAACUUAUAUUAAAUGAAAUAACAUCUUGAAAGUCCUCAGCUUCUUGAAAGUUAUAUUUUCCAGUUUUCUUUGGAGAAAGAUCCAGGUGUGGCAAAGUUAAUAAUAUAAAGUCGAAAGAUAAAUAGUGUAUCACUUCAGUGUUUCAGACAGAAAAUGCUUCAAGCUGACUUCUAGACAUUACUCAUAAUUCAUAAGUUGCAUGUCCUGCCUCUGAAUUCAGCAGACGAAUGGAAAGAUGAAAGGAAACGAAUGAUUAGCCUGCAUUUGAGAUUUACAGCAAGUUGAAAAAGCAAUAUUUUAAAAGAGACAUCUGUUUUAUACUGUAUAAGCCUUUUUUUUAAAAAAAGGAUAUGAAUCCACAAGCUACCAAACAUCAGAAUAAUUUUAAUGACAAUGUUAUUUUGAUAUAUUAGUGGUCUUAACCAUUAGCUCAGCACCCAGUUGAAAUCCUGCUCCAUAUUUAUGGCUUUGGAUUGUGCCCUAAACCACCUAUGCAGAAACCCCACUUGACCAAUAGAUCGUAUUUUCAAGUGAAAAGUAAAUGAAUGAAUAAAGUGUACUUAUUUUGAACCUGUUAUUUCUAUUUGUAUGUAAUGUGUAAAAACAAACAGACACAUUUUAUUUUGCAGAUUGCCUCUUGAAACAUUUCAGCCAUGACUAAAAGAGAAGCAGAAGAACUGAUAGAAAUAGAAAUUGAUGGAACAGAGAAACAAGAGUGCACUGAAGAAAGGUAUAUAAUUUGAGUCCAUAGGAGUGCACGCAUGUAUUGCUGUUUUGGGGUUUUUUGGAGCUGCAUUUCAAAUUCAGGAAAGAGAGCCGAGUGUUUACUGUAAAUCCAGUUUAGAGUGUUGCAGUAGAAGAACAGUGGCUAAUCUGCUGUUUGUGGGGGCCCAAUGCAUCCAUCCAAGCAAAUUUUUCUGCCCAAACCCCGCUGAAUUUGGUAUCAAAAAGUUAAUAAAGACAUUUCUGGGAAGGCAAAUAUUUAAAUCCCAGCACCCUGAUAUUGAUGCAAAUCACCCGCUCCCCAGUCAUCAGAUUGUUCAUUUAACUAACAGGGAGGAGCAGUAAUGCCCAUCUUGAACUGAUCUGCGGAGGGGGGGGCGUUGUGCAUGUUCAUGUGAGUGUUGGGUGGCCAUCUUCAUCACUGGCAUGUGGCCCAUGAAAGGUUGGCAAAGGGUGAAUGCAGCCCUUGGGCUGAAUCAGAUUAGCCCGCCAUAGAAUGUUGCCAUAAAGAGUCCACGGAAAGUGUCUAGCUGUAUUUCAGUAACCCAAAGCGUUUUUCUUACGUUGGGUUCUAUACGUUAAAAUUCACCCACAGUGGAAAAAAUCAAGUUUGUUGAAUGUCAGAUAACAAGUUGAUGAUUGCUUUUUCUCCAUUUUCUACUUCCUUUAUUUCUGAUGGAAACUUUUUCUUCUUUCACCAAAAGAAGCCAAACAAGGAGUAAUUUCCAUUUGAAAACUCCUGCUCAUUUAACAUCCUCCAUAUGAGAUUAAGUCUCAACACUUACUCCACUGAGCUAAUUUCUCCACUUGAUCAAGGGCCAAAAAAUCUAACUCUUGGAAGUCUCUCUGAGCAUAAAUAAUCACAACUUUAAAAGCAUUUUCUGUUUCUUUCUUUUUUCCAGCUGUAUAGUGAUUAGAUUUUGUUUUUUAAGAAAACAUUUACUGCAUGCAUAUUUCUAUAAAAACUGCAAGAUAACUGUGCAUAAUAUUUCUGUUUCACAAGCUUGUGGGCAAAGAUUGGAGGGGGAAAAGAUGGACAGAUGCAUCUCCCUCCCUACAGUUAUACUACCUAUAUUUUUCUUAAAGGGUAUACUACUUUACCUUAAAAUACAAUUAAUUGUAAGUCAGGUUUAGGGGCUUUACCCUGCUUAAUCACUGCCAUUAUUUUUUGGUCCUUGGCCUGUUUCAUUAUAACCUGUGGAAUCUUUGUGAUACAUGUCUUGCAGUUCCCUUGAUAUCUUUCCAUUUGUGUAUCUUUGUUACAUAGCUAUCUUGAUUCCAGUUGUACUCUGCUAAAAAAUUAGCAGAUUUCCUAGAAUUUUUUCAUUAAUUGCAUGAUUAGUCAGGUAGUAUUCAGAUAUGACAAUGACCUAGAUGUCAUUGCAACUUGGCAUCAACAGUAAGAUUCUUCCCACUCCCCACUAUAGUCAUGGUUUCUAUGUCCCAAUGCAUUUUCAGUUCAGUGCAAGUUCAGAUCACUACAGAAAAACACACAGGGCAGUUAAGGGAGUUCAAAUCCGGCUUCAGAUAUGUACUCAAAAGUUGUUCCAUUUUAAAACUUUCAAAAUGAGGUUCAUGUCUCUUACUGGAAUGUUUAGCACUAGCACAUUCUAACAGUAGUUUUUGUUCAAAUACAAUACCCCUUUUAAACUCUUUCGUUUCAGCAUUGUUGAGCAAACUUACACCACUGCAGAAUUUGUGAGUCAGGCUAUUGAUAUCAAUGAACCAGUUGGAAAUCUUAAGAAACUACUGGAACCAAGACUUCAAUGUUCUUUGGAAGCACAUGAAAUCUGCCUACAGGAUAUACAGGUAUAGCAAAAGCAUUACAGUUAAAAGUUGUAAUAUAAAGGAUGGCCUGUACUCCUUUGAUCUUCUGCCUACAUUUUCUAUUGGCGGUUUUAUUCUUGUAUAUAUUUAUCAAUAUUAAUUGAUUGGAACACAUUGCAUAGAAUAUAAUUAUCUCUGCCAGGGGAUGCACAUCAGUCAAGAGUAAAACGGACAUAGAUACGUGGCCACCUUUUCAUUUAACUCAACAAAACUUUACCUCUGUAUCAUAUCUAGCAUAUUUUUCAACAACUGAGACAUUUGUUUAGAUCAUAGUUUUUGAGUAGGUAAGUUCUAACCAAAUAAACAUAUUCAAGCUACAAUUCACUUAGGAAAACAAAAUAGAUUCAGGUUUAUAAGCAAAUAUGGGAAUGCUCAAUUAUAACAAGUAAGCUGGCCUGCCUUUUAGGUGAUACAUGCUAGAGGUCAGAGUAGAGCUGCAAAGAGACUGGUUUAUCCUAAAUAACUGUUUUGAAAGGCGAGUCCUGUCUUUGCUGUUGAAAACACACAGUCUCCCAGGAGACAAAACUAGCCCCUGCCUGUAAAAGAAAACCUUGCAAUUUUCUAGGGAUUCCCCCCCCCAUAUAAUUUUAUAUGGAUAAUUGCAAAAAAUAUAUAUAAUGUUAAAUAAUAUGUGUGUUUGAGGAGCAGGAAAGAAACGGCUAUCUGGAAACACACAGGCCAUAUCCUCAGAAAUAUUAACUGAGUGGUCUAGAACAACAAAGCAUGAUCGAAGAUAUUACAGAGCAUACCUCCAAUUGUGUUCAAUAGGCCUCCCAAAACAAAGGCUGUUGUAGUCUGGAGAUCAUAUCUUUGAUGCAUGUUCAACACUGUGGUUUCAAAAGUCCUGUAUGAUAAGGACAUGUGAUAUAGCUACAUACCAUUAUGGUGACCUAUCAGAUGUUGUGUGGCUUCCACGAGAGAGGAAGGCCACUGAAGAAAACCAUGGAGCCCUAUCCACCUGGAAAAUCCCCCCAAGGGUGUUCUCCCAUCAACUGUCCUGUCCUGAUUGUUGUGAACAAACUCAUAAUAAUAAGUUGACUACCUUUCUUUGAAUUUCUAUUUAUCAAGCUGGAUCCAGAUCGUAGUCUUUUUGAUCAAGGUGUCAAGACAGAUGGAACAGUGCAGCUUAGUGUCCAAGUAAUAUCAAGGCAAGGUAAAAAACUAAUUCUGUAGAUUUAUGAUGUUUCCUGCAUCUGGUGGAGAUGUAUAUUAAAAACAGUACUAUUUAGUGGCAGGGUUGGUAUGCAGCCCUUGUUACUGACCUACAGUAAUAGCUUUUUCUGUUCAAAUAUUAUUUCUCAAUGGUUGGAUGUAAAUAUACACAUUAAAAAGGUAAAGGGACCCCUGACCAUUAAGUCCAGUCGUGACCGACUGGGGUUGCAGCGCUCGUCUCGCUUUAUUGGCCGAGGGAGCCGGCGUACAGCUUCCGGGUCAUGUGGCCAGCACGACUAAACCGCUUCUGGCGAACCAGAGCAGUGCACAGAAAUGCCGUUUACCUUCCCGCGGAGCGGUACCUAUUUAUCUACUUGUGCUUUUGAACUGCUAGGUUGGCAAGAGCAGGGACCGAGCAAUGGGAGCUCACCCCGUCACGGGGAUUUGAACCGCUGACCUUCUGAUCGGCAAGCCCUAGGCUCUGUGGUUUAGCCCACAGCGCCACCCGUGUCCCUAAAAUAUACACAUUACAGCAUAGUUAUUGUGAACUUACUACACAGGGUAAACUUUCAUAGUAAUACAUGUCAGUGAGCAGGUAAGAAUGAUUAAUCUGGAAAAUUGGUUUCCUUUUAGUGAUUUGAAGGACUUUGUAGACUUGCAAAUGCUUUUGCACAGCUUAUUGAUUAUAUAGAUGUUGAUGCUUAAACCUGCAUAUGAUUUUUUUAAAUGAUGAAACUAUAAGGUCAAAGUCGAUAUUGGGAGCUAGUGGGUAGAAAAUGAGAUAAAGUAAAAGUUGGUGAGCUGGGAAUUCAGAGUUUGUAUUUCACAAAAUAUUAAUGAAUAGCAUUUUUUAGAAUUUUAAAUGUUAAAGUGAUGACACAAUAUUGGAAUGAAGCCUUUAAAAUUGAAGUUAAAAUGCCAUUUAUAAAGAUUUAAUUUUUAAGAGGGCUCUGAAAUAAAAUUAUUUGCUCACUGGUUAAUGUAUGAUUGCUGUUGUUUAUUAAUUGCCUUCUACAUAUGUCCCAAGGCAAUGUGCAAAAUAUAAUAAAAACAGGACUGUAUAGUUAACCUUUUAUCAGAACAGUAUGAAGCAGAACACAACAAAUUAAUCGUGUUCCAAUUCAAUACAAUACAGUGGUGCCCCGCAAGACGAAUGCCUCGCAAGACGAAAAACUCGCUAGACGAAAGGGUUUUGCGUUUUUUGAGUCGUUCCGCAAGACGAAUUUCCCUAUGGGCUUGCUUCGCAAGACGAAACGUCUUGCAAGUUCUUGCGAGUUUGUUUCCUUUUUCUUAAAGCCGCUAAGCCGUUAAUAGCCGCUAAGCCGUUAAUAGCCGCUAAGCCGCUAAUAGCCGCUAAGCCGCUAAUAGCCGUGCUUCGCAAGACGAAGAGACUCGCGGAACGGAUUAAUUUCGUCUUGCGAGGCACCACUGUAUAAGGAACUGGAACACGAUUAAUUUGUUCUGUUCCACUUUGUGUAGUUUGCACUUUGUGUGGUGUUUUCUCAAUUCUCUUUCUCUGUACAGGAAUAGAACCAAAGUUAAACAUCCUUGAAAUUGUAAAGCCAGUAGAAACUGUUGAGGUCGUGAUUGAUCCAGAUGCCCACCAUACGGAAACUGAGGCACACCUUGUUGAAGAAGCUCAAGUGAUAACGCUGGAUGGAACGAAACAUAUUACCACCAUCUCUGAUGAAACAUCUGAACAAGUGACUCGUUGGGCUGCAGCAUUAGAAGGCUACCGAAAAGAGCAGGAACGUCUAGGAAUACCCUAUGGUAAUAAAUUAUAUACAAUGGCACAUGUAUAUCUUUGUGGUUCUUUUCUCUAUCUCCCCCUCCAUUUGCAGAUAGUUCUGCUUAGAUGUCUGAUUUGUAAUAAUGACAAAGUGAUGUUGAAUAAAUAUGGUGCACAUUCAGUUUCUACUGUGAACGUUUCUUGUUGUCAGUUCAGCAUCAUUUCCAAGGGAAUGCCAUAUAAGCAGGAGGAAUUCAUAACCUCUUGUGCUGAGGUUUAGAUUUGCAUUUUCUCUGAUGUAUGCAGUGGUUCAGGGAAGGGGAAUAAGCUAUGAAAAGAUAAUUAUUUUCUAAUUGUCAAACUGUAGUAGCUAAACAUUUCUUUGAGAGAUUGGUUUGAACCUUGUGAUCAUCAUCUAAGGCCUUCUUUGUGUGCCUCCUCCACGAGAGGUCUGGAGGGUCAGAAAACAAGAGUGGACCUUUUCUGCCAUGGCUCCUUAUUUGUGGAAUGCUCUCCCCUAGGAGGCUUGCCUGGCACCUUCAUUACAUAUCUUUAGGCACCAGGUGAAAACAGUUCUCUAAAACCAGAUGUUUAGCUGAUUAACAUUCUAUGGCCUUUUAAAUGUUUGUGGGAGCAGGGUUAUUGGUUUGUUUUUGGUUGAUUUGUAUUUUGUGUUCUCAUUUUUAUGUUGUGAACUGCCCUGUGAUCUUCAGAUGAAUGGUGGUGUACAAAUUUAGUAAUCAAUCAAUCAAUCAAUCAAUCACUGAAGCACUGGAUAGUUCAUGUCAUUCAGAGUAGACAGCACUAGUAGAGAGCUGGAUUGACUUGGCGGUCUGGUUCAGAUGUAACACUAAAUCUUAGUUUACCAUUACAAGGAUAAGCAAGUGUGAGCCUUGGGGUUGUUUACUCCUUUCUUCCUGUAUAUAGAAGGAGAGGAAGUUUGAAAGUUUAAUGUCACUAUUUGUUCAAAACCAUGCCAAGAAGCUUUACAUUUUCCUCCUUUCACAUGGAAAGGGGAGACUGAAGCAGUCGGAAGCGCUUUGUUGUGACAUCUGAAGUUAGCAGCUAUCAGUCAUCUCCAUAAAUUUAUAUGUUCAACAUGAUGAUGUAGUCGUGGAUCUUUGAAAAAAGACUACACAAGUCCAUGAGUUACCACUAUGUCUCUGAAAAUGGUUGUCAUAAUAAAGCUAUUUUCUGAAAACUUGAUACUUAGUUAAGUAUAGAUCUGAAAGUAGUUGGAAAGUAAGAUUUUCAUAGAUAAUAUAUCAGAAUUCCUUUUCUUUAUUAUUGCUUCAGCUGCAUGAACCUGCCAUCUGUUGGGCUUUUAUAUUCAUUUACGUUCAUUUUAAGAAUACUUUGUUUGAGUGUAUGCUGAUGAUGGUCUAACAUAGCCUGUUGCAACAUUGGGAAAAAUAAGUAGAAUAUUUCUCUUCUUUCCUAGAUCCAGUACAGUGGUCAACUGACCAGGUACUGCACUGGGUAGUAUGGGUGAUGAAGGAGUUCAGCAUGACAGACAUAGAUCUCAAUACUCUUAGCAUUCCUGGGAGAGAGUUGUGCAGCCUCAGUCAAGAGGACUUCUUCCAGAGGGUCCCUCGGGGAGAAAUCCUUUGGAGCCACCUGGAACUUCUUCGAAAAUGUAUGUGAGUUUUCUCAACAAGUAUCUUGUUUGAUUUUUAAAAAUAAAAGUUUUAAAAUAAAAAGUCUACAUCAUGGCAGUCCUAGUUACCAAGUAAUGUAUGCAUUCAGUCACUAUGACUUAAAAUGCUACUGACACUUUAGGGCUCUGUACACAUAGCACAAUGCAAAUUGUAAGGGUUCUGUAUGUAUCAGCUUCUAGACACAGAUAAUUUAAACACUAUAGCAGUUUAGUUUUCUCAAGAUGCAAGUAUUCUUAGCAUCAGGAGAAGAGUUACUGAUAAUUUAAAGAUUUAAAUAAUUCUUCAAUCUCUAUUAGAAUCUAAGUGCUUCUAUAUUUCCUACCCCUCUUUUAGUUAAAAAUAUAUAUGAGGCAACAGAAGGUAAUUACUUAAAAUUACCAGAUAUGAAAGAAAUGUGAAAUACAGAAUUGCCUAUAAAUCUAAUAACAUUAUAAAUUUUAUAGAUGUGUAUUUCUUUUUUCCUUUCCCUGCAUGGCCUUUAGACUUCAAGCAUGUUCCUAACUCUUAUAUUCUUUAUAAAAUUAGCACUUUCCUUUGUUCUUUCCUCAUUUUUUCAAGUGAAAAUGUUGCCAAAGUUUAGUAUUUAAUAUUUUUCUUGUGUAUCCAGAUGUGCUGGCUAGCCAAGAACACUCUGGAGAAAUAGCUACAGUUACUAUUGAUCAACGUAAGUUGUCAUUCUAUGAUUUUAUUUUAAAGAAAUAGUAUUUUCAACAGAGUCAUAUCAUAGUCUAUAUAAAAAUGCUCGCACUUGGAAGGUGAUCUUUAACCUUUUAAAGAUGGAAUCAAAUUGAAAUUAAGAACAUUUGUCUCUAACGGUGCAUUCGGACUAGCACCUGACCAGUGAACCAGGAGGUCUAUUGCGAGGUAUAUUCCCACUGCUGUGGGGCUUUAAUAUUGAGCAGUAGUUCAAUAUUAAAUUAUUCCUGGAUUAUCUAGCAGCAGCUUACUGGCGUUUCUCAUGGGAUACUUUAAAAAGAGAGUGCAAACAAUUUGGGAGUAGAGAGUAACUAAUAAGGUCUGUCCUCCUGGGCAGAGCGAGUUUGGUAAGGUUAUUAUUUCUAUGGUGCUUUCACCCACAGUUCUUUACUUUUAUUGGAAAAGACUUUGGAUAGUUGUUAUUUUCUUCUUAGUUUGGGAGCAAAUAACGAGGAGCAACAAAUGUUUUAUUGAAGUGGCACUACAAAAGGUUCAGAAGCUUCAGUAUCAAGCUCACCUGUUUGCUUCUCUUGGCUAGUAGAAGCAGAAUACAGUCAUAUCUUGGUUGCUGAACGCCUUGUGACUUGAACGUUUUGGCUCCCAAACGCUGGCCGGAAGUGAGUGUUCCGGAUUGCAAAUGUUCUUUGGAACCUGAACGUCCGAUGCGGCUUCCGCAGCCAAUCGGAAGCCAUGCAUUGGUUUUCAAACGUUUUCAGAAGUUGAACAGACUUCUGGAACGGAUUCCGUUCGAGAACCAAGGUGUGACUGUACAUGCAAAAUCAGAAGGUAUUUGCAUAAAUUAGAGUAGUCACGAAAUUUGGGGUAACAUUGAUGCACACUUCAGAUUUGUGGUGGCAGAGCCCUCAAGCUUUUCAAUAAAAAUAUAAAAAUGAUAGUAUAGACUAGGGUGGGGAAUAGGAUUUGGCUGGCAGGUGAGAUGCUAUGCUCCCUCAUCCUCCACAGGACACUUUGACAGGUGACUGGGGCUGACUGCUAUCACAUCACCUGACAUCAACAUGAUAUCAGGUGACCCUGUUUCAAAGGAAAGAAUCAGGAGCACGCUCUUAAGAGUGCCUGCAUGGAGGCUCAGUGGUCUGCAGAAAGAACCAGAAUAUGCUGUGGCACCUAUAUAUAUCUUUGUAGUUAUCUCUCUCCUCCCUCCAAAUAGACUUGAACUCAAGCUGGGUUGCAGAGGAUGAUACCUGCUGAAAUAAGCUUGCUUAUUGAUACUGUCUUAACUCCAUUUGGGAUAAGCUGGAGCCUGCAGACUCUUUGAGUACCCCUUAUCCCAGCAGGGUUCUCAGUCAGUGCUGAUUGGCACCAACUGCAAACUUAGGUUUUGUAUGAGGCAGGUGGCCAUGACUUUGGUAUACCAGCUUUAUGGGCCCAAUAACGAACCUAGGUGGGCCUGAUUUGGCCCAUGAGUCAAAGGUUCCCCCUCUACAGACUAGUUGACAAGCCGUCACUACUUCACAACUCAGAAAUUCAUUUUGUGUGUAAUACAAACUCUUUAAUUAUACAGAGGUUGGUUUCCCUAGUUAUGCAGACCAACUGAAAGAUUUGCUGUGCCAAAAAUCACUGUUUCUGAUGCAGCAUUGUAACUAAUAAUAAUAAAAAAUGAAAAUACUUUGGUGUUCUAGACAUAUUUCUGUAGGGAACUAACUCCAUCACAAAUGUUUAUUUCCAAGUGCCAGGCAAUGACACCAUUUUUCAGAUGACUUAUUGAUAAUGCUGUUGGACGUUAUCUGGUCUUUGGUUAUAGAAGGGCUGAAUAAAGCUGUUUGUAUACUCUUCAGAGAAAAUAUUAAAACUAUUCUAUCUCCAGUUCAAUAUCCCUUCAUCUGUAUAGUGCAGAUUACUGGAGCUAAAGUUUAAGAAAAUGAUCUCAUACUGUAAAUUCACCAGCAUUUGUAAUAUUUUAUUACAUGUUCCUCUGUUCUUUAACUAGCUCAUAUGAUUAUAUUCCAUGUCAAAUGUCUAUAAUAUCUUGGGCUGUUCCUGUGUCUUGGUGUCUGACACGGGAAUUUCUGCUUAUGCAUCUAAUACCCAUUUUUAAUCUUAUGUUUUCUCUGUAGCUGUGCAGAUUAUUCCAGCAUCUGUACAGCCCGCUACUCCAACCACUAUUAAAGUCAUCAACAGCAGUGCAAAGACAGCAAAAGUGCAGAGAGCACCAAGGAUUUCUGGAGAAGAUAGAAGUUCACCUGGGAACAGAACAGGUAUUUUCUUUUAACUAAAACCAAAAGAUUUUAAGUAUCCAUAUAGUAUGAAUACUCCAGUCCAUAGAGAGACUGUAGAAUUUGUUAGUAUCUUAGAAGAACAAAGGUCAGUUUUAUUUGAAUGAGCAAAGUUCCUAUUUCUUAAAAUAAUUUAUCUCAACCUGAAGUCUCUUGGAGGGAGAACCAUCAAGACAGAAAAAAUAAUGAUUUCAUAGCUGGUAGAUAAAAUACUGCCCAACUUGUGCAACAGAGAGAAUAGACACAACAAAAAUAGAUUUUAAAAUUUACAUUAAUGAAAGAUACAAACUCCAUAAAGCUAUUUUUUUUAAAAGGUUGGGAUAUGAGGUUUGUAAUACACCAGUGUAUUGAUUGCAGAUUUGCUUCAGGUUAAGGGUCAUUUUUCUACAAUAGUAGGGUAAUAGGACCCAUUAAAAUGGAACACGAUGUAAGCAAGCUUUCAAGUUAUUAUCCGUCAGGAUAUUUACUUUAUUCUUGAAUAUAUUUUAUGUUUAAUGUCUUACACCAAGGAGUUUAGCUUACUGGAAAGCUUAUUCACUUAAAACAUUUUAGUCUAUUUCACAAGUGAGGCUCAUAAUAAGAUGAAAAACAUGGUUUUACAUUUGCAUUUUAACCAUUUCAUUCUCAAUAGGAAACAAUGGCCAGAUCCAACUCUGGCAAUUUUUGCUUGAGCUUCUGACUGACAAAGAUGCUCGAGACUGCAUUUCAUGGGUUGGCGAUGAAGGAGAGUUCAAACUAAAUCAACCAGAGCUAGUUGCACAGAAAUGGGGACAACGUAAAAAUAAACCUACUAUGAACUAUGAGAAACUCAGCCGUGCUUUACGGUAAGUUAAGAACAUAAGAACUGCUUAUACUGGAUCAGAUCAGAGUCUGAUUCUAACAGUAACCCCCAGUUGCCCAUGGAACUUCAGAAACAGAGCAUGAAGGUGAUGGCUUUCCUGUUGUUUGUCCCUGGCAUGUGGUAUUCUAAGGUACACUGCUUUUGAAUAUUCUGGUUCCAUUUACAUUCCAUGAAUUUUCUAAUUCCCUUUUACACUUUAAUGGCCAUAUCCACAUCCUGUGGUAGCGAAUUCUUUAUGUUAACUAUGCAUUAUGUGAAGAAGUACGGUACUUCUUUUGGUCUGUCAUAAGUCCAGUGUCAAUUUAUGAAGAAUAGUUAAUUAAUUAAAUUGAAUACUGCUCAUCAUAUUGAUUUAGACAAUACUUUAAAGUGGCUUCCCCUUCUGCAUGUGUGGACUUCAGUGAACUAUUAACUUUAAUUAACUGCAUGCUGUCACAUAUAUUAACUGUGCUUUAUAGCCAGCUAAAUACUCUAGGAAAGUCAGCUGAAGGCAAAAUUUAACUAUUGGCGGCUAUUCAGUGUAAUAAGGCUAUAUAUCUAGAUGUUGAAAAUUUAACUAAAACCCAUAAUCCCUCAGCUUCCAAUGGUGAAUACACAUUAUUAUUUUCCACAAAACUAUAAUGACAGUGUACAUGCAGCCCAUCUCCUGAAUGUGUAUCCAUGUUGUCCUAUCACAAGCAUGGUGAUUCUGUUGUGCAUUCAGUGGUGUUGAACUCCGCAAGACCCAGUUUCAUGCAUAAAGCAGUGGCAAAGUAGAUUCUUUCUGCUGCAUAGGUUAAAUAGAGCAAACAAGUAUGCAAGGCUGCAUAUAUCAGAAGACUCAUUUGCACUGACUGUUGGUUUCUCUAAGUGAUAAGAAAGUAGGCUCAAGUGUCCAUCUGAAGCCUCCAUGCAGAUAGACAUUCUCAAACAGUUGAGGCUGCACUGUAAUUCAGGGCCUACAAAAGGAAAAUAAGUUUGUGAUGGUCUACAAAGUCAUCCUUACAUUUUGCCACCUUCGAGAUCUUGUUAGAUGUGAGGCAAGGGGCAUGCUUUAAGUUAGAAAGGCAGCUUAUUUUUCCCUUUAUCAAAUUUUAUAGUUAUCAUCCGUGUUAGUUAUCAUCAGUUACUUUUUCAAGGAAUUUUUGUUCCCUUUUUUCUAAAUGAAGGUAUUACUACGAUGGAGACAUGAUCUGCAAAGUGCAAGGCAAGAGGUUUGUAUACAAAUUUGUCUGUGACUUGAAGACUCUCAUUGGGUACAGCGCAGCAGAGUUGAACCGGUUGGUCACGGAGUGUGAACAAAAGAAACUGGCAAAGAUGCAACUCCAUGGUAUUGCACAACCCGUCACAGCAGUUGCACUGGCUACGGCAUCUCUGCAAACAGAAAAAGAUAACUGAGUACCAGGACCUAAAAGCUUGGGAGCAUGAGGCCUUUCUUGUAUAUUGAGCAGUUUCUGGUCCUAAAAUGGGAGCUACUUCAUUCCUUGGCAGUUCAAUAUGAUGCAUGGUUUUUCUACGGAGAACUGAGACUCCCAUAAAUUUGGAUCUUUUUCACGUAAAGGUAUAUAUUUCAUGUAUGUUAAAGGCACUCCAGAUUCUUCAGCAUGAAGACAGACAUGAUGUGACAAGUUGCUGGAUCGGUAAGAGAGCUCAAAAUUGGUUGGUGCCAUGUUAUGCCAUACUCACAAUUUGUCCAGCGUUUCGAGAAAUUGAAGCAUAUUUACACGGUGUAAACCUGUCAAUAUUUUGAAUUUAGUUCUCUGCACUUCCAUUUCUAAGCUACCAAAUUAAAAGCAAUGCAUUUCCAGAGGUAAGGCAGCUACUCUUACCCAUGCUCAUUAUCUAAGCAUGUCAGGCUGUAAAAAACACACCGAAAAGUACCAUGCUCCUAAGAUGAUUUCUCAUCGCAAAAGAAGUGUACUAUAGGCAGAACUGGGAGAUCACUGCUGAAGAGAAAUCCAAAUUUAAGUCCAGCAAGGUCAAAAACCAAUUAUGAGUAUUUUGAUAAAAUAUGUAGAUAACGUGUAUUUGAGGGAAAGUGCUUAACUAUCUUGAGAGACAUUGCUAAGCUUAAUGUCUGGCACAAAAAAGUUUUCCACAUUUUUCCUAUUACGAGAUUAAAAACUUGAAAUGCUGUCUCUCAUCCAAAGAAUAGGUUUUGCUUUGUUUUAAUCUACACUGCAGAGUAUAUCAGCUGAUUCUGCUUAUACUUGCAGUGUAGCUGACUUUGAUCUGAAGACUUAAGUUAAUCACAGAGAGAAGCCCCUACCUGUUGAGAAAUAAAAUGUAAUCUGCAGGUAAAUUGAUAAGAAAAGAAGUUUGACUUCUCAAUGUUAUAUAGACCUCUGUAUUAAGAUACAGAAAAAUGCAGUUUUCUUUAAAUUACUUAAAUUUCCAAGCUGUUGUUAUGAUGCUUUGGAAAGGAAAGGGUGUGUAUCACUCAUAGUUAAUUAAUUUGAUAACAUUUUUUAAAAGAUAACCAAAUUAAAUCUAGAUGAGCUUAUGCUAUUUUUCUUCGUCUUCCCUUUGUUUGGUAUAAAUAUCCCUUUGUUCUGAAUGUAGGCUUUUUGUUGAAUCAUCACAAUUAGAAGAACAAACUUGUUUGAAGUUGUGGUUUCACUUAACAAUCAGUGAAAGUGCAGAUGUUAAACAGGGCCUUCAUCUGUAAGAGCAAAUCACUCACGAGCUGAAAAAAAGCACUGAACAUAAAAUGUAGCUUAGUCUUGGGAAUGUAAGAUUGUAGCUGUAGUUACAGCUCGACUCAUUUGCUUAUUUUCAGACUGCUUAGAAACGUAGAAGAUAUUCUGGUAUUUAAACAUCAUUAGGCAAAGAAAGUGUUUAAACCUUUGGGUGACAUUUAAUGUUUCUGAUGGCCGGUUAAGUCCAUUGACUCCAGUGGGACUUGUAUUUAACAUUACAGGAUUGCAGUUUAAGUUACACUAAUAUUUUAUGCUGUUAGUCAAGCUGGUUAAAAAUAUGUUUUCUCUCAAAAAACCCACUUUAAUCAUAUAUCAAGACUUUGAACUCUCCUAUGCAUCACUGGAGCCAUUAGUCCAUAGCUGGGGUGGGAAGGGGAGGGGAGAGAAGCUGCAUUCCUAAAAAUAAGGGUUUGGACAUUUUAUGUAGUGCUAAGGAAGACAAGCAACAUAACUUACAUUACUAGUUAAUAUGCAUCUCUUUAAGAUGUGUUUGAAGUGUACAGGCAUCUAAUUUUUCCCUGUAAAAGAAGGCCGCCGGUAAACCUUGGGAUAGACAAGGGUGACCACAAAUUACAUAUAUUAAUGCUGUCAUAAAUAUACUCUCAGCUAUGCACAUAAUUGCACAUAACAGAAUAAGCCAUAUUAGUAAACAUGGCACAUGGCCUUUAAUUAUAUAUACAUUGGAUUUGUUUUCUGAAUUUUAAAAUUUCAUUAUACUUCCUUUGUAAGUUUGCUGCACUUCUUGUAAUAUUUCCCCCAUGUAUAGAGUACUGAUGUGUUUUAAAAACAGUACAUACGUGUCAGAUUUAUUGUGGGGACAAUCUGUGACUAAUCGAGGUCUUCAGUAAGGUAUGGAUUAUUGUAUGUCAAAUAGCAUUGUGUGGCUGUCAGAAGAAAAAUAUAGAAGGUAUAUUCCCAAUUUUUUGUAAAAUGGAGGGGUUUUUGCAUACAUUUUUACUCUUUAAGGACACAUAUUCUGCUAAUUAUGUAUUUCUUUUGUGUUGAAUUUUACAUAAAACAAUUAUUUUCUAUUUUUACUCUAAAAUAUUUGUGCAUAAAAUUGUCAAUAUAGUAAAGUAAGAAAAUAAAAUUUUACACAACAAAAUGUUUUGUCUUCUGUACAUUCACAAAGUGUAUAUAACUUUUUGCAGUGUUUUCUUAGUAAAUUUAGUAGAUGUGACAUGUAGUAGAAAAGGAAGAGAGAAUGCAAAUGAUAAAAAAUAUCAUUACUCCAGCAUUUC